UUAUACAUGCUUACAAAAAUAAAUACACCACUUGUGCAAGUCGUUUUUUUAGGUCUUGUCUGUCUCUGUUGUCCUGGUAUGUUUAAUGCCCUUUCAGGACUCGGUGCAGGUGGUUCUUUGAGUUCAAAUAUAGGUUUGGUUGAUUCAGCCAAUGGUGCAUUGUACGCUUGUUUUGCUAUUGUUGGCUUCUUUGCUGGUACAUUUACAAAUACGGUUGGUGUCAAAUAUACUUUGACUAUUGGCUCGAUAGGGUAUGCUAUUUAUAGUGCUGCUAUGUGGGUUUAUGAUCGUAAACAAGUUUCAGGCUUCGUUAUUGCUGCAGGUGCCAUCUUGGGUUGUUGUGCCGGUCUAUUUUGGUCUGCUCAAGGUGCUAUUAUGAUGUCCUAUCCUGAAGAAAAGAACAAGGGUAAAUACGUAGCUAUCUUUUGGGCUCUAUUUAAUUUUGGUGGCAUCUUGGGUUCUGUCAUUGCUCUCUGUCUUAACCUGGAGAAUCAAGAACAUGGUGUAUCGACAGGCACAUAUACUGCCUUUGUGAUUGUGAUGCUCAUUGGUGUUGCUUUUUCAUUGGUACUCGCUAAACCGUCGCAAGUGGUUCGAAGCAAUGGCACGCGCGUUGCUAUUGCCAAAGCAUCUCACUGGAAGACCGAAUUAAAAGGCGUAUUGCAUGUCUGGAAAGAAUGGCGUAUGAUUUAUUUGAUUCCUGCCUUUUUAGCUUCCAAUUGGUUUUACUCUUACCAAUUUCGUGUGAAUGCUGUCUAUUUUGAUCCCUCUGCAAGAGCAUUGAAUGAUACCAUGUAUUGGGGUAUGCAAAUCAUAGGUUCCCUCUUGAUUGGUUUGUUGCUCGACAAUCAAAGUAUGACACGUCGUGGUCGUGGCUUACUGGCACUUUCUAUUCUGUUCUUGAUAUCAAUGGGUGUGUGGGCAGGCGGAUUUGUGUUUCAAUUGACGUUUAAUAAUGAUUACAGCACGCCUAUUGGUUGGAAAGAUGCUGGGUUUGGUGGUCCCUUUGUGCUCUAUAUGUUCUAUGGCUUUACAGAUUCUAUCUAUCAAAGUUACAUGUAUUGGUUGAUGGGUGCUAUGUCAAACGAUGCUUCUCUGUUGGCAAGAUAUGCUGGAUUCUACAAGGCAACACAGUCUGCUGGUGCUGCUAUCUCAUUUGGUAUUGAUGCUGUCAAUAUCCCCUUACGCUGGGAAUGUCUUAUUUGUUGGCUAUUGAUGCUUAUCUCUUUCCCUUUGAUUGCUGUUGUAGCUCAUCAUGUCAGUGAGACCAAUGAGCAACCACAAGAAGAAGAUACACAUUCU